AGGACUGGCAGAAGGGUACAGUCGAUUGGAAAUUGUCAAGCCCAUAGUUAUGAAGUCUCUAGAGAUGGCGUUUCUACAAGUAGACCGGGACUUGCAACCGGGGAUCAACAUUCUCAUCGGACAUACUGUGAAUCGCUCUCCGACUUGAGACACAAAUCAGCAAGAGGAAAGCCCUUGCCACAAUGCCAUCUUCCGGGUUUCCCAGUCUAGAAGUCCCAAUCGAGCCGCUGAGUGCCCCAAUAGUCGGUCGCGAUGGCUACGUCGGCCUCAACCCACACACAGAAACCCUCCCCGCGGGCUGGAAAUACCCUCAUCCGGACGCGCGCCCCUUACCCUCCGCCAUCCUAAUAGAACACGAUGUCGCCAUCAAAGUUAGAGACGGAACGACCCUCUACGCAGAUGUCCUCCGCCCGCCAAACACCACAAACAAAGUCCCCGCGCUGAUAUGCUGGUCCCCCUUUGGCAAGAAAUUCAACGGCCUCGCAUCGCUAGGUUACAUGACGCCCUGGAACCUCGGCAUCCCCUCCAAUACGCUCUCCGGCCUGGAAAAGUUCGAGGCGCCCGACCCGGCAGAUUGGGUUCCCCGCGGCUACGCCAUCGUCAACAUCGACACGCGUGGCGCUUUUGACAGCGGCGGUAGCGAGACUCCGAUGGUCAUCAUGGGCGCUCAAGAAGCGGAGGACGGGUACGACGCCAUCGAAGCCGUGGCGGAGAUGCCGUGGUGCAGCGGCAGCGUCGGGCUGGCGGGGAACUCGCACCUCGCCAUUGCGCAGUGGUUUCUCGCGGCGCUUCGGCCGCCGAGCUUGAAGGCCAUUGCGCCGUGGGAAGGGUGCGGAGACUUGUACCGCGAGCAAUUUGCGCGGGGAGGCGUGUACGCGGGCGACUUGUUUGACGAGCUCAUUGUCAAGCAUAUGCUGAAGGGUCGCGGUGGCAUCGAGAGCUUCCGCGAGAUGUAUGCGCGGCAUCCGCUUGCUAACGCGUGGUGGAAUGACAAGAGGCCGGAUAUGAAGCGGAUCAACGUCCCGACGUAUAUUACGGGCACGUGGACGAACACGAUGCACGGGAUGGGUGCUAUCCGGGGCUGGUUGGAGGUGCAGUCGAAGGACAAAUGGCUGAGAUGGCAUCCAUGGCAGGAGUGGUUUGACCUUUGGGGGAACUCGCAAGCCAAGGAGGAGCUCUUCGCGUUUUUCGACCGGUAUCUCAAGGGCGUCGACAACGGCUGGGAGAAGACGCCUAAGGUGAGAAUGUCCUUGCUGCGGUUUGGUCAGAAGAUUCCACAGGCGAUUGAGAACAUCGCCGAGGAGGACUUCCCACCGGCGCGGACGCAGUAUAAGCAGUUCUUCCUCAGCACGGAGGAGACGCUCAUUCCUGAUGCUGCGCCGCAGGAGAUGGCGUCGGUCAGCUACGACUCUGAGUCUAGCGGGAACGUCAGCUUCACUCAUACCUUCACCGAAACCACCCGCAUCAUGGGCCUGCCCAAAGCCGUGCUGUACAUUUCCUGCCCAGAUCACGACGAUAUGGACGUGUACGUCAUGAUCCAGAAGCUUGAUUCGGACGGCAAGCAGAUGAAGAACCUCAACAUUCCCUGGAAGGGUAUCCCAGUGAAUUCGUUUGAGGAGUUCGCACCAGAGCAAGAGACGGAAGUCGUGCUGUACAAGGGACCCGUUGGCAUCCUCCGGGCCUCUCACCGGGCCAUCGACAAGACCAGGAGCAUGCAUCCGCACUGGCCUUUCCACCCGCACGAGAAGGAGGAGAAGAUUCCGCCGGGCGAGGUGGUCAGGCUAGAUAUUGGGAUCUGGGCGCUUGGGGUCGAGUACGAGGCAGGAGAGAGCCUGCGGGUUGUAGUCAGCGGACAGAGCUUCGCCAUAAUAUCAAACUUGAUCGCCGAUGAAGGCUUCGAACAGCUUUCAUCAUCAUGGGUACGCGUCUCAUGCCAUGCUUUGACUGUUCCACCAAGCUCAGGAAGGAAGGAGUUACGUUGGGGGUGGGAUAACCCGCCCUGA